AUGCAGGAUGGGGCUGAUGCGGCUGCCACUCCCGCGCCUCUGUUCCGGAAGACCUACAGCCUGGAUGCAGAACCCUUCGAGAUCACCAACUGGGCGUCAGACCACCGCCUCGAGCUACCUUUCGAUGAUGCUGCAAAACCCGUCUACCGGUGGAAGCUGCGAUGCUGGUCUUCUUCGUGCACUGGGCCGGCAUACAUUUACUCCCCAGACUACUCGCUGGAGGUUGCAGGGGGCAAAGCAUCCCCACGGCUCAUCUUGUCACUGGCCAGCAUUGAAGAGAGACGGUGCAACAUCUAA